AUGAGCAUGAAGCCGGGAGCAUACACUGUACACGGAUACGGUAGUGACCGUACAUUCAGAGUACAGCAGCUUCAUAUUCUGAAAGACCGUGCCCUCAAUGCGGAUUUUGUACUUUGCAUUGGACCAGAUUACACCAGAAUGUGUCCAGUCGUUGGACGAGUAAGGACUGCAGUCAGCGUUGAGUGGGAUAGCGCAAUGCGACUGUGGGAUUACUUGGGCACGUUGGAUGAUUAUUGCAUGUCUGAAGGCGCUGUGGAAACUUGCAUCAACUGCAGAUCUGCGAAUGCUGGCGAGCACCAGCAAGGAUGCGAGUGUCAAGAUAUUCAUUUUGAUGGACAGGCCGUUGCAUCAGAUUUAGGACAACGCACAAAAUCAAGUUUGACCUUCCUGGUCACACGAAUGAACUGUGUGGAUCUUGUUGGUGGAGUUAUGAGUGGAGGCUAUCGAAGAAUGGGUUACCAUACUGUAAUUUCAGGAGGGUUGUCCUCACUUCCGGUUACACUAGUGAGGGAACUCAAACAAAUACGUAUCUGCGAGGACCGGUGUCGACCCCUGCAUUCGCGCGCGUUCAAGGAUCCAAGAGCGACUGACCAGGACUUGCUACUUAUGAGACAAAUACGCUGUGUUGAUGUCAAGUUGCUUGCAAAUGACAGCGCCCCAGGGUCAAACCGUUGUGGUCAGAAUUGUUUUGCUGAUAGAUCAUCCAGUCAUGAUCCAUGGUGGCCCAUCAAGAACACUGAACUCGCCGCUCCUUGA